AUGAGUUUUGCCAAUACAAAAGCCGUAAAAUCAAAACCUCUUAUCAAUAACCCGAUAUUCCCUUGGUCUCAGAUAAAAUUAUUGCCAAAUGAUCAUAAUCUUUUUCCAAGAUAUGGUCAUUCUUCUUGUUCAAAUGCGAUUAAAAAUGAAUUAUAUUUCUUUGGUGGAAUAUCAAAUGAAAAAUUUAAUAAUGAUGUAUUCUUAUUAAAAACUAAGACAUGUAAUAUUCAAGCUAUUAAAACAGAUGGUAACAUCCCAUCACCUCGUAGUGGUCAUACGCAUGUACGAGUGGGAUCACAUUUAAUAGUCUUUGGAGGAAAACUUGAAAACAUUGAAGAAAAACCAGAUUACAAUUUAUAUGUUCUAAAUAAAGAGACAAAAAAAUGGACAAAACCAUCUAUAAAAGGUGUUACGCCUCUUGGAAGAUUUGGUCAUACAGCUGUAUUGAUAGGUUCUAUAAUGUAUGUAUUUGGAGGUUGUAUAGAUGGUUAUUAUUUAAAUGACUUGGUCGCAUUUGACACAAAAUAUCUUGAUAAUAACGAAGCUCGUUGGGAAUUUAUCGAUCCAGCUAAUGAACCUCCACCUGGAAGGACAGGGCACAUCUCGUGUGCAUAUAAAGGAAAAAUAUACAUAUUUGGUGGAACUGAUGGUGAAAAGUGUUUUAAUGACACUUGGUGUUACGAUAUAAGUACAAAGGAAUGGACGGAGAUAACUUGUAAUAAUGUUAUUCCCGCUCCGCGUGAAAGUCAUGGGUCAGCUUUAGUUAACGAUAUUAUAUUUAUUUUUGGUGGAAGAACAAAAGAAGGAAAAGAGUUGUCUGAAUUAGCAGCUUAUGGAAUCAAUAGUAUGUAUUUAUAUUGGUUAACCUUAUCUUCUUCAAACCACAAGGUGAUGAUAUUUGGAGGAGAAUCCACAAACCCAUCAAAGCCAGAUAGAGAAGGAUUCAUUCACGUUUUAGAUACUUCAAAGAUAAAAUAUCCAAUCGGAUCAUACCCUCAAAAUUCUUCACAAUCUCAAUCAUCUCCUUCCCGAUUACAAAUAGUUUUAUCUUCAUUUCCUCAACAGAAAUCACUUCCAAAGUUACGCUCACAAUCAUCAAAAAAAGGAAAAGAAAUUCGUCAAUUAAAAAAUCCUUUAGAGAAGAGGGGUCAUAAUAAUAAUAAUUCUAGACCUUCUUCGAUGUUCGAUUCAAAAAAAUCAUCAGUUACAAAUGAAAAAAUAAAAAUACCAAAGGCUUCGCCUCAAAAAGAAAUAAAAAAGACUCCAAACAUUAAGAACAAAGAAGGCAUUUCAUCACGAAAACAAUCAGAACGAACUAAAAAUAAAAUUGAAAAGGGUGGGUUGAAAAGGCAAAAUAGUGAUCGUUCUUCCAUAAAUCCAAGUCCUAAACCAAAAGGUGCAAGAAUAUUAAUAGAGGAGAAAAAUCAAAUCAAAUUAAGGAAUUUCGAAAAUCCUGAAACUUUUAGUAUCAAUUCCUCUCAAGAACCUCCAAUUGAGGGCACGCCUUCAGUAAAAUUAAAAGAAGAAAUUCACACUUUUACUAUCAAUUCCUCUCAAGAACCUCCAAUCCCUAUUGAGGGUACGUCUUCAGUUAAAUUAAAAGAAGAAAUUCACGACGCUCCUUCACCGACAAUUCAAAUUACGCCGCCCGAAAACUUUUAUUACCAAGAAAGUAGCAAACCACCGCCAGUUCGUCCACCAAGACGUCGUUUAUUUUCAGAUCCGUCAACGGUUAACGUAAAACCGAUGAAACGUGGUACAAUAACUUACAACGAAGAAGAUGACUUGAUAAUAAUAACAACUCCUUCCUCUUCAAUAGCGAGUUCAGACGGUGAUCAUUAUCCGACCACACAAUUAUCUUCGUUAGAACGAGAAAAUUUUUUAGAAAGAUUAUCGGAAGCUGAUUUUAAAAUAUCCGAAUUAAGAAAACGGGAAAAGUUAUAUCAAGCUGAAAUCGAUUUAGCGAGAAAAGCUGGAUUCAUACCAACGUUCAACUUUAAUAAAAGUAAUAAUGAAGUGAUUGGGAAUAUUAUUGAUAUUAAUGAAUUUAUUGAUAUCGGAGAACAAGGAUCAGAAAAAUUUAAAGUCAUCGAAGCCAUUAUUAAAUUAAGCCAACAAUUACAAAAAACCAAGGAAGCUAUUUCGAAUCAAGAAAGAAUAGCUUCACAAAAGAUUUUAGAUUUUGAAAGAUUAUACGAUGCGUCACUGGAAGAAACGUCAUAUUUUAAAGCCAAAUUCACCGCUGAAAAAACACAGAAAUUAGAAAAGACAACCAAGGAUGUUGAAGAUGCAAAGGACAAGGUUGAAUUUAUACGAGGAGUUUUUUCAAACAAAACCCACCUUGAACCAAAUGACCAAGGAAAUACGUCGACCCGUUUUAAAGAGAUUACAGCUCGUUGUGAUGAAUUAGAGGCCCUUCAUGAGACGACACAUAAAGAAUUACGAACUACAUUAUCAAAAUAUAAGGAAACCGUAAAAAAAACUCAAGGAACGUUAUCCACAAGAAGCAAAACACUUAAUUCAUCAAAAGGAUCGAAAGGAUUCGAAAAAUCGCAACAACUUAUAGAUAUAAAAAAUAGAUUAAACCAAGUCGAAUUGGAUUAUCAAAUAGCCGUGGAAUACACAAAAAAUACAGAACAAAUAUUAAAUAUAAUGAAAGAUGAAUUAACGCAAGGUAAAUUAGAAAUGGAAAACUUGAACGAAAAAUUAAUUUACGUCGAAAAAUACGCAGAUCAGCAAUUAGAGGAACAAAGUAAGGAUUUUGAAAGGGAGAGGGAAUCUCUUUAUCAACAAAUUCAGGAUUUACAAUCUAAAAUUAAUCUUGCAAAGGAAGAGAAGAAUCUAAUGUAUCAAGGUUAUGAAGCUUUAAGGAGAGUUUAUGAAUCUUUGAGGAGACAAAAUGAUGCAUUAAAAAGAUCAAAUGAAGCAUUGAAGGAACAAUCUUUGGAAUCAGAAAAGAAAGGAAGAGAAUUAAUAGGUGAAUUAUUCAAGAGGGGAACCGAACUUAAACUAGUAGAAAAUAAUUUGAAGCCAUCCUUGGAAGAAGUUCAAGAGGAGAUGGAGCAACAAACAUGGAAACAAGAAAAGGAAUCGUUGGAACAAGAAAUUUCACAAUAUCAAGAAACAAAAGUAAUCCUUGAGAAAAAUAAUUCUGAAUUGAAACGAAAUGUAAAUGAAACGGAAGGUAAAAUUGCAAUAUUGUUGGAUCAAAUGGAAAAUGUUGUUGAUACGUAUAAAGGAAUUGAAGACAACAUCAGAGAUAGUAGCCCCGCCUUGAUCGGACCUACAUUACGGAAUCAAUUCAGUUCAAGCUCACUUAAAAAAAGUUUUAGUUCUUCAAACUCAGAAACUGUUUCGUCAUCGUUUAGCUUAGAUUAA